AGUGGAACCAACCGUUCUCAGCUCUCUACUCUCGGCAGAGAAAUAGAAGGCCAAAAACAAGAAUCCCACAAAGCAUGGGCCUUGUCUUCUCCGGCGCCUCAUGCAACCCAGCCGCCUCCCGCGUUGAGGAGGCCGACGGUGCCGACUCCUCCUCCGCCGUGAUCGCCAUCCACUCCACCGCCGAGUGGUCCCAGAACUGGCAGUCUCACAUCCAAUCCAACAAGCUCAUGGUGAUCGAAUUUACUGCGGCAUGGUGCGGGCCGUGCCGGGCGAUGGAGCCGGCGUUCAAGGCGAUGUCUUCCCAAUUCUCCGACGCCGUCUUCAUCAAGAUCGACGUCGACGAGCUCCGGAAGGUGGCGCAGCAGUGGAAGGUGGAGGCGAUGCCGACAUUUGUGCUGGUGAAGAGAGGGCGAGAGGUGGAUAGGGUGGUGGGUGCCAACAAGGACGAGCUCAAGAAGAAGAUCCAACUCCAUCUCAUCAACUGAAUUUUAUAUAUAUAUAUAUAUAUAUAAAUAAAAGCAUGCAUGCAUGAACUAAUUAAUUAUUAAUUAUAAGUUAAGUAUGAAUCAAGGAGAGCAUGGUGUGAGUUACUUAUGAUUAAUGGUAUUUCUGAUGAGAUAAAAAUAUUUUACUGUAUUA